GAUAUCUGCUCCGACUAAUUAUCAGCUGCCUGCAAAAUUAGAUAAUCUUCACUGAAUUUUGCCAUCCUUCAUGUCAACAGGAACUAAACAACCAGUAAAGGAAAGUGUUUUUCUUUAAUUUUCACGUUUUUACCAUUUUCAUUCUCCAUAGACGUAGGCACAAAGGGCUUAGGGGAUAAUGGUGAUAAAAACGACGUUACAUUAUGAGCGCACGACAGCUGGAAUGCAUCGUCAGGGACACGACCGAACCAUUUAAUUUGUUCAAUUCGACAGUUUGAUUUUAAAUAGCGUGUUUUUCUCUCACCAAGGAGUAUUUUAUCCAUUCUGUGCGCUCUGGAGAACAGAUGCUGUCAUUGUGCUGGGGACCGAGGUUUGUGCGCGUGAUAUUCUGCGAGUGGUCUCGUCGGAAUGGUGCGCGAGAUGACCGUGCGCGUGUCUUUAUUGUUUUCGCGCGAUAUAACGUUCAAUAACGGCCAUUCUGUCGUUAAAGAACUUCGCAACGACGACCAAUUUGGAAAAAGAAGACUGAUACUUGUGACAAUUCCAGGGAAAUCAUGAGCGAAGUGUUUUGUAAACGUUUUUACUAAGUGUCGUUUCAAUAUCCCCUAUUAUGAACGUCUUGUUUUCAUACUUUGCUCUGAUUUGCUUUGCAUUGGGUGAAGUCCCACUCAGUUGCAUAUAGUUGAUUGUUUGUUUCUGACCAAUUUGAUAUUUUCCCACAUCAUUCUGAGCAAAAACAAUUAAUGCCAACAAUGGUGGAGCCUGUGGGUUUCAUUGAAGCUUGGAAAGCUCAGUUUCCAGAGUCAGAGCCUCCAAAGAUGGAGCUCAGGUCAGUAGGGGGCAUCGAACAAGAACUGGAGAAGUGUAAAGCUUCCAUAAGAUGGUUAGAAAUGGAGGUGAACAAAGAGCGUUUUCGGAUGAUCUACCUUCAGACACUGCUGGCGAAGGAAAGAAAGAGCUAUGACAGGCAGAGAUGGGGUUUCAGGAAGCCACCUCACAUGAUUGAAGGGGACCAGCAAGCUGUGGGGGCUGAUUCCCAGCAUCUUCAUGCACAAGAGCAUGGACAGGCAGAACGCAGCAGGUUUCAGCCUGUAGGAGAGACCAGAGUGAAACCAAGACCUCCCCCUGCCAGGAAGUCAGCCUCCCAUGGUGAUGGACUGGAGCUACAAUCAGGGUUUGAGGCACACCAGGCAGGGCCAGUCAGUGAGACGGAUGGGCUCUCACCAUCCACACAGAGGGGCGGGUUCUCCCCUCGUAGGCCCCAUCCACCCCCUGACAAGGAACUGCCUUCAGAUCCAUCCCCCAAAGACAAGCCGGGCAUGGGGCUUGGGGUUGCUGCCUUAAGGUCGAACUUCGAGAGGAUCAAACGGGCUAACUCGCACUCCGCCAGUGAAGGGAAAGGAGGCCAAGAAAAAUCUUUCUACACCAACGUGGAGUUUCAUCAUGACCGGGGCCUUGUGAAAGUCAAUGAUCGUGAGGUCUCUGACAAAAUCGUCUCUCUUGGAAAUCAAGCCAUGCAGAUGGAACGGAAGAGGUCUCUCCAUUCACUUCCUGGUAACCUUGCUACAGUGGCAGGUGAUCUGCGCACCAGGCCUGUCUAUAGGGGGCGCUCUACCGAAAGCACCUGUGGGUAUGAUGCAGAGUAUGAAGAUGGUGAGCCCAGCCCACGCUACAGACCAAACGGGGGUAAACCCCCACCACCACCAUGGCAGCCAUCUGAUUUCCAGCCAUAUACUAGUGUUUACGUUGGAGGUAUGAUGUCAGGAGACAGUGGUGAUGGCAGGGUCACCAUGAGAGACCAUGGAGGAAGCGAUGACCAUCUCCUCACCUGGCCAAGGAGGUCCUACUCUCCUGGGAGUUUUGAGGAUGUGGGGGGUGGUGGAGGGGGCUACACGCCAGACUGCAGCUCUAAUGAAAAUCUGACAUCUAGUGAGGAAGACUUCUCCUCAGGGCAGUCCAGUCAUGUGUCGCCCAGCCCUACGACAGCCUACCGUCGCCCCCUUAGGGAGAAGAGUCGUUCACCCUCUCAAAACUCUCAGAAUUCUCAGCAUUCAUUUGACAGCAGCAGCCCCCCCACACCGCAGACUCAAAAGCGGCACAGGCAGCAACAUGUUGUGGUGUCCGAGGCCACAAUAGUAGGCGUUAGGAAAACGGGACAAAUCUGGCCCCAUGAUGGAGACUCAAUAGCCUCCAGCAGGGCUUCCCAUGACAACCAUGGAGAUCUAGAUGGUCCGUUUAUGGGCACUCCUCCCAAUUACGGUUACGAUGCUGACCGGGUGGAGGAGCAGCGACGACACCAUGACAUCCUACCCUACAUCGAUGACUCCCCCUCCUCCUCCCCUCACCUCAGCUCUAAGAGCCGCAGCAGUCGAGACACCCUCUCUUCUGGCUCAAUUGAGUCCUCCAAGUCUGCAGAGUUGGACCUGGAGAAGGGCUUGGAAAUGCGGAAAAGGGUGUUGUCUGGAAUCCUGGCCAGUGAAGAGACCUACCUCAGCCACUUGGAGGUGCUAUUACUGCCCAUGAAGCCCCUGAAAGCAGCGGCCACUACUUCCCAGCCUGUCCUGACUGUUCAGCAGAUCGAGACAAUAUUCUUCAAAGUGCCUGAGCUCUAUGAGAUCCACAAAGAAUUCUACGAUGGCCUUUUACCCAGAGUGCAACAGUGGAGUCACCACCAACGCGUGGGAGACCUUUUCCAAAAACAAGCAAGCCAGCUUGGGGUGUACAGGGCCUUUGUGGAUAAUUACGAACUUGCUGUGGAGACUGCGGAGAGGUGUUGUCAAGCAAACACGCAGUUUGCCGAGAUAUCUGAGAGUCUCAAGGUCAGGAGCACCAAGGAGUGCAAGGACCUAACAGCCAAAUAUUCACUAGAAACUCUUCUUUAUAAACCGGUGGACAGAGUGACCAGGAGCACCCUCGUUUUACACGAUCUUCUGAAACACACCCCCUCCAGUCAUCCAGACUACCCCCUGCUUCAAGAUGCCCUCCGUAUCUCGCAGAACUUCCUCUCUAGCAUUAAUGAAGAGAGCACACCUCGCCGCCAGUCCAUGACAGUGAAGAAGGGAGAGAACCGUCAGCUGUUGAAGGACAGCUUCAUGGUGGAGCUUGUGGAAGGGGCGCGGAAACUACGACAUGUUUUUCUCUUCACUGACCUCUUGCUCUGUGCCAAACUGAAGAAACAGAUUGGAGGGAAGAGCCAGCAGUAUGACUCUAAGUGGUAUAUUCCUCUCUCGGACCUCACCUUUCAAACAGCAGAGGAGUCAGAGCCCCUUUCUAUCCCACAAGCCCCUGACGAGGAGCUGGAAGCCAUUAAGAUCAAGAUCUCUUCCCUCAGGAAUGAGAUCCAGAGAGACAGGCGGGCCAACAAAGGGUCAAAGGUCAUGGAAAGGCUGAGGAAGAAGCUGUCAGAACAGGAAUCUCUACUGCUGCUGAACUCUCCCAACAUGCCCCUUAGAGUGCACAACCGCAACGGAAAGAGCUACACGUUUCUGAUCUCGUCAGACUAUGAGCGUGCAGAGUGGAAGGAACUGAUUCGAGAACAGCAGAAGAAAUGCUUUAAGAGCUUUAGCCUGACCUCCAUGGAGCUCCAGACGCUCACAAACUCUUGUGUCAAACUCCAGACGGUCCACCACAUCCCCCUCACUGUCAAUAAAGAGGAGGAUGAAUCCACUGGACUGUAUGGAUUCCUGAAUGUAAUUGUCCAUUCUGCCUCUGGACUUAAACAGAGCUUGAAUCUUUAUUGCACAUUAGAGGUGGACUCCUUUGGCAUCUUUGUGAAUAAAGCCAAAACAAGGGUGUACAGAUACACCACAGAACCCAAGUGGAAUGAGGAGUUUGAGAUCGAACUAGAGGGCUCCCAGACAUUGCGUCUACUGUGUUACGAGAAGAGCUACAAUAAAGCCAAGAUGAACAAAGAGGACGGCGAGAGCACGGACAGAAUAAUGGGCAAAGGACAGAUUGCGUUGGAUCCUCAGAUGCUCCAGGGUAAAGACUGGCAGAGAACAGUUAUCCCGAUGAACGGGAUUGAGGUGAAGAUAUCAAUUAAAUUUACCAGCCGGGAAUUCAGCUUGAAGAGAAUGCCCUCAAGGAAGCCUAUGGGUGUGUUUGGAAUAAAUAUCUCCACGGUUACAAAACGAGAGCGCUCUAAAGUGCCCUACAUAGUCAGACAGUGUCUGGAGGAGAUUGAGAGAAGAGGAAUGGAGGAAGUGGGUAUCUACCGCGUCUCAGGAGUGGCCACUGACAUUCAGGCUCUCAAGACGGCCUUUGACACCAAUCAUAAAGAUGUGUCAGUAAUGAUGAGUGAGAUGGAUGUGAAUGCCAUUGCUGGAACGCUAAAGUUGUACUUUAGGGAUCUUCCCAAGCCCCUGUUCACUGACGAGCUGUACCCAAACUUUGCAGGAGGAAUUGCUCUUUCAGACAGUGUUGCUAAAGAGAGCUGUAUGCUGAACCUCCUACUUUCUCUACCAGAGCCCAACCUUGUGACCUUCCUCUUCCUGCUGGAUCAUCUCAAGAGGGUUGCAGAAAAGGAGAGUGUUAACAAGAUGUCUCUUCACAAUCUGGCUACUGUGUUUGGUCCGACACUGCUACGACCUGCGGAGAAGGACAGCAAAAUCCCAACUAACCCCACACAGCCUAUCACAAUGGGAGACAGCUGGUCCCUGGAGGUUAUGUCACAGGUGCAAGUUUUGCUGUAUUUUCUUCAGCUAGAGACCAUCCCUACACCAGACAGUAAGAGGCAGAGUAUCCUGUUUUCCACCGAGGUGUAAAGGAAUACUUACUCCCAUUCUAAGUCUCACACCAGUGUGUGAGAGAGUGUGUGAGAGAGAGAGUGUGAGAGAGAGAGAGUGUGAGAGAGAGAGAGUGUGA